AUGUUACUUCCCCUUAUUCUUUAUUCAUUUUCUAGAUCAUAUCGUUGGCAAAUGUUUCGUGAAAAAAUUUGGUCUGUCAUUGAUAUAUCACCAAGAUUGAUUAAUUCACAAUUUAAUCAUUAUCGACAACGGAAACAAUAUGCACCAAAUGAAAUAUUCCCUAGUGAAUAUAGUUCCGCAAGUGAUCAAUCCAAUCCAAAUGAUACGAAUACAGUAGUUUCAAGUGAAAAUAGUACAACGAAUCCAUGUGAAUUAUAUCAUGUCGAUAAUUAUCAACUGUCUAAUCCAUCGGAACAUUUAAAUCAACAAGAAUUUUCUGUUGACAAUGCAAAAUCACAUCCCAUCAUUCCAUCAGGUUGUAGUGUAAAAUGUAAACCAUUCGAUUUACCAACAAUGACAUCAAUGAAUUUAUGUUGUAAACAAAAAUUGAACAAAUGUCCCGCCCUGCUGAGUUUACACUCUUCCUCAACAAAUCAUGAAUCUGUUUAUUUAACAUGGUUAAGACGUUUUUAUUUUAUCUAUGAAACAUUAAUUAUCACUUCGGCAGUUGGUGUGUUUAUGCUAUCAACAGUGAAAGAUUUUCGUAUCCCAUUUAAUUUAAAUAUCACUGAAUAUAGUGAUUUAUAUAAUGAAACUAUUGCGGAUUAUAAUAAUCAUCUAGAAGCCAGUAUAUCCAACUCGUAUCGUACAAAUAAUAGUUAUUUUACUUUACCAGCUAAAUGGCUUGUACAAAUGGAUAUAUUUUUUAGUAUUGCUAUUACAAUCGAUGUGAUUAUACGUAUGAUAUUUUGUCCAUGUUUCACUCUUUGGUUAUUUUCUUUAUCAACAUUAAUUGAUAUUCUCUCGUUGAUACCAUUUUAUUGUGAAUUCAUUUUCUAUGAAUUAGUUUAUAAUAACAACAAUAAUCCUGAAGCGAUUUGGUGGUUAAUGCGUGUACUCCGAGUAGAAGAAUAUUUUGUUGUAUUGAAAGUAUUCGUUGUAUUACGGUUAUUUCGUUUAUUAAGACGACAUCGUGGUACACGUGUACUAUUUUACACGAUACAUACUACUAUUAGUGAUUUAUCAAUUAUUAUUUUAUUAAUUUUAGUAAGUGCUUUAUUUUUCGGUGCUGCAAUCUAUUUUGUUGACCCGACAUUUUCUGAUAUACCAAAAGGAUUUUGGUGGGCUCUGAUUACUAUGUCUACAGUGGGUUAUGGGGAUUUAGUGCCAAAUAAUACAUGGGGUUAUAUUGUUGCCACAGCAUGUAUUAUUCUAGGCACUUUGUUAAUGUCCUACACUAUACCUGUAUUAGUUAAUCAUUUUCUCCUAUACUAUGCACAUGCAGAUCAGUUAUCUAUGGUGAAACAAUUACACAGGACAGCAAAACGUAAAAUACGCAAUCGUAAAAUGUCACGUUAUUUACAAAAAGCUUUAUUAAAUGCAAAAUCUCUUGUUAAUGCAACAAUUACCAAUGUGAAUAAUAAAACACAAACUGACAUCAAUCGAUAAGUUUUGAGUGUUGAUACUCUGACUUACACACACCCAAACACACAGAGUUUUUGAUUUGAUUUGAAUCACCGGUUCCCCCUUCUGCAUUGUUUGUCAUUGUCAAUUUCGUUCGUGUAUAUUCAUUUCAAUUGACAAGCAUGAAAAGAAAGCAACUUAGAAGGGAUAAUAAGUGUAAAACAAACCAAAAACUCUAUAUUGAUCAUUGAAUCGAACCGCUAAGCUUCAUGAUUCAAUGAUCAACAUUCACAAUAUAUGCCCAUGCACAUGCAUAUCGUACAUAUGUUUUUUUCGACUGCAGCAUACUAAGUCAUAAAAAAUUUCAAAAUAUAUAUUGUACAUUUUUUUAAAAAAAUUUUUUUUCUUUCUUUCAAACAAACAAAUAAAAAAGAAAGCACUUUCUUUUUCUAAAUUAUUUCGUAAAAUGUAUCUAUCAAACAUAUUUUGAACUUAAACAAACG